GCAGUCUGUGGUAAUGUGAAGGGGAGGGCGCAUUAGAAUACACUCAAGAUCAUUUUCCUGGGUCACCUGAGUGCUGCAUUGUGCUGGUAAAGUUACUAUCCAGUAGGAAAAUCAGCUAUAUUUAUCAUUACAGAUAUUAAGAUGAGUGCAGACUCGGUGGAACAGUCCAAGGUUCCGGGUGAACAGGCAGGAUCUAAUAGACAUGAGGGUGAUAUACAGGGAAGACAUGUCAGACACAGAGAUGGAUAUUCAUGGAGCGAGCAGCCAGACCUUGACUUUAACCGACAGAAUAAGACAGAGAACAUCAACGAUUCCCCUCAUUUAGCCUCACCUCUGAAGACAUGCCACAUGACACAGGGCUCUCCUAUCCCUGGAGGUCAGAUGCCGGGGGAGCUCACUUCACUUCACACCAUGCAGCAGCUGGUUCUGAUGCCGCCCUCUCACCUUCCAUCUCCUUCUUCUUUUCUGCUCUCCCAGAGUCCCACCAGUCACCAAGCUGUUCUCCAGCAGAACCUGCUCUCCCUCCCUAGUCACAGUCAAGCUAGUCUUCUUCAACAUCAGCCUGGACUGGCUCUGACCCCACAGGCUAUGGGUCGCUCUGGUUUGGCAGGACCGUCCAUGGAGAACCACAUGGACAUGUCUCAUCUGCAAAUGCCCAAACACAUGUCAGUACCGCAACAGGACGAGCCCAGUGAUCUGGAGGAACUGGAACAGUUUGCCAAAGCCUUUAAGCAGAGACGCAUCAAACUGGGCUUUACACAGGGAGAUGUUGGCCUUGCGAUGGGAAAACUCUACGGGAAUGACUUCAGCCAGACAACCAUCUCCCGUUUUGAGGCUCUGAACCUCAGCUUCAAGAACAUGUGCAAACUCAAACCUCUGCUGGAGAAGUGGCUCAGUGACGCAGAAAACUCUCCAUCUGAUGCAAUGAACAGCCCGUCUUCCCUGCCCCCACUGAUGGAGGGAUACGGACGCAAGAGGAAAAAGAGGACAAGCAUCGAAACCAAUAUCAAGCUGACUUUGGAGAAACGUUUCCUGGAUAACCCCAAGCCCAACUCUGAGGAGAUAUCCCUGAUCUCAGAGCAGCUGUCCAUGGAGAAGGAGGUGGUUCGAGUUUGGUUCUGUAACCGGCGUCAGAAGGAGAAGCGGAUCUACUGCCCUGUGACCAGUCUACCUGUCAAGUCUCAUGGCUACAACUCCAGGAUGGCUCCAGCAUCCAGAUCCUACAGCCCACUGACUACAGGUGCAAUUUCAUCAAAUUCCUCCCCGAACUGUGUGAGCCGUGAAGCUUCUCCCAACGGCCUGUCCUCAGCAGCAGUGUCUCUAUCAUCUCAGGUUAACGCUGCUUCCUACAGCACACCCAGCUCCUGGUACCGUACUUGGAAUCCUGCUGCAUAUCAUCACUGAAACACACAAACUGUAGAAUAUGAAGAUUUUUUAAGAGUGUACUUUUGUUAUUGUUUGGUAGCAGGGAUAUUCCGCUCCAGUGUAACUUAACGUUUGCCCGUUCUAAAUGUGGGUUAAGAGCACAAGUUUCAAAACAGGAACCAUCCCACGGGGUGACACACAAGUUCAACAUGCCACACUACUGUCAACAUUCAAGCCUCACACAUUUUCACAGCCCUGCAGCUGUUUGAUAAUGUUCAUGUGACUCUUCUCUCUUUUCUCUUAAAGUUUGUGCAAACAUAAAGAAAAGCAAAGGGCGACAGGAAGUCUGAACACAUGCUGGUCAUCCAUAAAUGCUCCGACUAGUUUAUUCCUAACUUUGUUGCUCUUUUAAUAUGGAAAGAAAUUCAGAUUCUCCAGACAUGUUUCAUCAAUGUGAUGCUUGAUUUUUUUAAAACAUAUUACAAUCUAAUAUUAUUUAAUUUAAUGUAAGUAUACAGUGUGACUGUUUUACUACCCAAAUAAAAAAAUGAAGUCAAUAAAGGAUACAAGUACAGUUCUAAUAAUAGCAACUUAUUAAAUCAUUAGCCAUCAUAUUGAUGGUCUGACGUGUAAAGGCAACGAAAAGACUUUUCCAUUUAUCCAUUUUCAUCCGCUUAUCCAUUACCGGGUUGCGGAGGCAGAGGUCGUUGAUAAGGUACAUUGCACCAUACCAACCCCCCAAACCUGUGGAACCCCACGUGAACCCUGGGGUUCCACACCAAUGACAUUGCCUCUGGGACAAAGCGACACAUGAAAAAAACUUUUUAAAAAGAAAUUGUUUUCACCUCAAACUUAAGGCAAAAAUUAUAAAUGUUGCCAUAUUUUUUACUGACUUCAACUCACUUCUUGCUAAUAGCUUCUAGCUACUUGCCGCUAAGCUAAUGCUUUUAUUAUUAUUAUUAUUUAUAUGUAAACCCAUUUUAAAACAAUGUCUACCAGAGCAAAUGCAAAUGUUUACUAUUUAUUUAAGAGAAGCAACAAAAGCCCCAGUUAUGCCAUUUUUAAAGGAAAUUGUACAUGAUAACCCUGCUAAUUUUAAACCACGGGAUACACAGAUAUUGCAUUACACAUUCAGAUAUGUUUUCUAGUUUGAAUAUUGGCAAAACAUGAUUUGGACACUGAUAAAAAGGCACUUCACUGUUGCAUGCCGAGGUGUUGGUCUAGAAAAAAACUUUUCCUCUCAAUGUAACAAUUUUUUGAAACAAUAGUUUCUAAAGGGACCGGCUGAGCCUGGUUGUAAAUGUCAUUAAUAAGUUGAUAUGUUGUUAUUUUAACUUCUGAAGCCUUUUGUAUAUUUGUCAAAUGUGGUCAUUCUAGACCGUUAGUGUGGAUGUGACUUUUGAAAAUGCCAGCUUUCCUGUGUUGUGUCUUGCAGAGUUUUUCAAUGUUUGUUUAUCCAAGGUCAGUUCUGAUCCAAAAAAAAAAGCCAUUUCGAGAAUCUACCUUUAAUGUGAAUGUGCAAAAAUGUGGAUUAUUAGUGACCUCUGCUGGUUCAACUCCAGAUGCAAUCUUUCGGGCACAAGUCACAAUCGGGCUGCUCUCUGGUUGUGUUGUUUUUGUUGUUUUGUUUUUUUAUGAAGUGGUGUAAAGUUUUUUGUGUUUUGUCAUUUGAAACAAUACGAUGUUGAUAAGACAUUAUAAGCAGUAGAUUUUAUCUGGGUUUACCAUUUGUGGUAAUGUGGCCCCCUCUACUGGUAAGCAAAGGGAGCGAUUUUUUCACUAAUGGUGCGACUGUGGCAUCAGAUUUUUAUAGACAUGCUAGUUGCAAUGCUACACUGGAGUGGCUAGAUCUGCUAAAUAGGCUAAUAAUUUUAUGUGGAAUAAAUUAUCUUCUCUUCAAUGUUUAGGCUAGUUGUAUAAGGUGAGGACAACCAUUCUCUUCACCUCAGGGAACCUUUGUGUUUGCAUCAUAUUCCAGCGAUUCUUGUUACAUAAACAGAAAAUGUGUGCUUUAUUAUCAAUGCUUUUUUCUUCAAUAAAACACCUAAAUGUUAUAUUUCUAUUGGCGACAACAGAGAUGUGACAACAAAUAAAAUACUGCGGCUGCUUUACACCCCGGGCUGGACAAAAAGCUUUAUUGUUUUUUUCUGCAACACAAGAUUUUGUACACAUAUGUACAUGCCAAAGUCUAUAUAAUAUCUAAAAUAUCAAAUCUGGUAACAGCACAUUGUAAUAAUUGUAAAGAUACAGAACCCACAGAAAAAGACAAACCUUAAAAAUGG